CGAAGCUAUUUCUAAUGUGAAGGUCUAAACCUAGUGGUAAAACUAUCAAACGACAAGCCUACAUGUUCUUUCUUUCUUUUUACCCCCAAUAAUGCCAUGAAAGGGGAGAAGAAGAAGACGGCUACUGCUACUGCUGCUGCUUCUUCUUCUAUACUCAACGCCUCCAAAAAUGAUAUUGCAGGCCCCCCUCUUAAUACCAUGCCCGCAUCUGGCGACGACUUUGAGAAGGAUCCUGCGUCCUCAUUGUAUACAGAAGACUGCUGCUAUCUCCUCGUCGGGACCAAGACUUUUAUGCGCUAUACAGUGCCAACCCAUCAUCUGAAAAGGUCCCCGCACUGGAGCUUCCAAUUAUUAUCUCUUGGGAAUUCGAACGAUUGAAGUACCAUGAACUACUGCGUAGAUGAGGAUAUUGGACACACACACACUAGUACAUUUCCUGUACACCGGCACAUACCAGACGCGCUGAAACUUCCCGUUUUAUCGAACGCUGUGAAACAGGCAACUGAAUACAAAACGAGUGUCCUUGUUUUGUAUCAGGCUGGCAGCGCAUACGAACUGCCUCUUCUACUGAAGCGUGCAAAGCAAGCCCAUUGGAAAAUUCAACGACGCAGUAUCGAUUUUCCCAAGGCCCUGGAUAUCGCAGAACUCGUCUACGAGAAGCUCCAGCAGAAUGGUGACGAGGUGUGGUUCUACGACGACCUACCUCAGACUAAAGUUUGAGAACGCGUUCGCGCGUUAGUUACUGUUGGCCGUUACGUUACGGCCGUUGCGGUUAGCGAUCUCCCUAGAUCACGUGACCCACCACUAUAUUAAGCUCUUUGUAGAUAGAUCUAUCAAUACGACCUUCAACUAUCCUACAGUUACCAUCGAAGCUUACGCUGUGGCAUGACGCUAAAG